AUGGCAGCAACACCACAUUACACAUACCCAAAGCGCAGUGGUUCUUCUAGGGACGACGUCCUAAAUGAGCCGGAUUGGGCUAUAACUCACAGCCACCGGAUCGGGUUUCGCGAUCGCGAUGAUCGCCAUCUAGCUCACACACAUACUGGGGAUGACUGGGAUCCGGAGCAGGAGCGGGAAUUUCUAGCUCAGGCAAAGCAAGAAGCCGAGGAGCUUAGCAAGAAGCUGAGAGAACACGGUUUGAUCAAUGUCCGCGAUUACAGGAACAAACAAGAGGACUACCAUUUGAGGUUACCUCAAAAAUACCCGCAGGGCUGGCGUUACGUGCUUCACACUACGGAAGACUUUAUAAAGUACCAGCAGAACUGGCCUGUCAACGAAUACGAGUGGAGACGGAGUCGCGGCGAAAAUGACACGCACAACGAAUCACAUGCUAGAUACCAACAAUACCACGAUGACCGAAGCGAGCGCAGGGGGAAAUAUCAGGAAAGCGGUCUUCAGGACAAGUAUUCACCACAAGAGCUAUCUUUGCUGCACCUAUUACAGUCGGAGAGCGUUUACAUGGAGACGCUGAAAGAGAAUGAUGGCAACCAUCCGCUUAAUGGCGAGCCACAACUUCAAGUCCUCUACGGAGCAGGUCUCAUCACCCCAAAUUCAGUACAUUAUGUUCGCAACCAUGGUCCUGUGUCUCAUCUUCUGUGGGAAACCCACCAACUUGACGUAGAGGGCAGAAAUCUGGUCUUAUCGAUGGACGAUCUCGCAAGCAACUAUGAAACUAUCAACAUUGCGGUGGCAAUGGCAUGCGACGGCAACUGGAGGAAGGAGCUAGAUAUGAUAAGACGCUCCAAAGGUUUUGAUUGGGGUGCUGGAGCCAUUAGCUGUGCGUUCUGGAAAGGCCCUCUGCUGCGCGAUGUGCUUCUAGCCGCUGGUAUCCAGUGCCCUAAUCCUCUCCAUGAAAAGCGUCUACGUUGGGUCCAUUUUGAAGGCGCUGACAACCUCAGAGAAGCCAAGUAUGCAACAUCCAUUCCAUUGGCAUAUGUCAUGGACUCCGCAAACGACGUGAUUAUGGCAUACGAAAUGAAUAAUGUGCGACUACCACCAGACCACGGUUAUCCAGUGCGCCUGGCAGUCCCCGGCUACAUCGGUGGUCGUUGGGUCAAAUGGCUCCAGAGGAUCUGGGUCUCUGACAAGGAGAACAAUAGCCAUUUUCAUAUUUGGGACAACAGGGUUCUGCCUAGUUUCAUUCGGGAUAAAGACUCGGAGUUCUCACACAUCAUGUUCCAUCAUCCAAGUACGGCUUGCAACAAACAGAAUCUCAACUCAAUUAUCGUAAGACCUGGACAUGCAGGAAUUGCAUAUGAUGUUGGCGGCCACGAAGUUCAGAGGAUGGAAGUCAGUCUCGACGGUGGGAAAACCUGGUUAUACUGUGUUUGCAAGUUCCCCGAGUACCCCGUCCGCCAUGGACACAAAUUUUGGACAUGGCUCCAUUGGUACGUGGAUGUCGCAAUGCCGCACCUUGUUCGAGCCGAGAGUAUCAUCGUCCGAAUGAUGAACAAUUGUUGGUACAUCGUUCUCCCGGAGAUUUUAGACAGUGAAGGAAACUACUCUAUGCUAUUCUUCAGGCAUCCCUGUCAGCCUGGUACAGGUGCGGGAGGUUGGAUGCAACCCUCGACGGAGAAUCGCAUCGAGAGUAUCAAGCACGAGGCAUCAUCACCGCAAAAGCAAUUCACACGUGAGGAGAUUGAAAAGCACAACAAGGAGAACGACUGCUGGAUUUUCAUUAAUGGCAAAGUCUACGAUGCGACAAGUGUGCUAGAUUGGCAUCCUGGUGGCAAGGCGCCUAUCAUGACACACGCAGGUAGGGCACAUCCCGAUACCACAAAUGACUUCGAGAGCAUUCAUGACGACUAUGCGGAGCAAAGGCUGAGCGGUACUAAAACAAUUGAGUUCAUCAAGAAGCAGGCCCAAGACGCGGCCAACGAGAAAGCCAACCAUUCUAAUAGGAACCUACAGACUGCAUUUGACUGUCAUCGGUGGAAUGUCGUUCGUUUUGGGGAAAAGGAGCAGCUUUCUGAGGACACUCGUCGAUCUACUUUCGUGCUACCAGCGUCUACGAAGAAACUCGGUCUUGGCACCAGCCAGCAUCUUCAGCUGGGCUUCCAUUUCAGUGAUCGGCUUGUCGUCAGGCCAUACACGCCCACGAUGCCAGUUUUUGAGACGGAGGAAGAUGGCACAUUUGACCUUGUCGUCAAGACAUACGUCCCGGAUCAAUCCCAGCCAGUUGACUGGCAUAUCCAUUACCGCGAGGCCUGUCGGUUCGUCGUCGUCCUCCACCGUCACAUGUUGAAACUGCUGAAGGAGACCUGUUCGGUGCAUAAAGUUGACCAUGUAGCGGAUGGCACUCUACAGAAGUACGCAUUUGGACAUGAGAAAGGAAAUCUGGCGCUGCUUUGUGGUCCUCCAGCUAUGAUUCAGAAGGCUGUGCUUCCAGCGCUUCGGGAGAUUGGAUACAAGGAGGACGAAAAUUUGUUUGGAUUUUAG